AUGCCUGAUGUUUCCAUUUCAGGAGAGGAUGAGUGCAGAAAGAGAGAAAAAGCAAGCACCAAAGGAAUAAUCAUUAUUACCGAAAUAACCAGAAUAACCAAAUUAACGUUAGCGUGGAAACGAAGUAGUAAAGUAUUACUGUCUCAUGGAAGUAGAGAAGACCCGCCGUUCUAUUCCACCCCCUUGUCGUUCACCAUCCGCAUGGACAAAUCGCCAACACCUUAUAACAUGAAAAACUCCGAAUCGGGAAGUACGGCUUCGUUAGAGAGCGGUAAGAACGUGCAUGAGAGAAAGGGAUUUUUUGAAGGCAAGGAUGGCAUGUCCAGGAGCAGGAAACGGAAACGGAAGAGGAGGAGGGAACAUGCGCACGAGGCCAGCGCCUCGGAUGAAUUGGACGAAGAGAAAGGAGAAAGCGGGACGAGCUAUGCGGAUGAAGAGAAGGACGUGAAAAGGGAGAAAAGACACGGGCGAUCACGCAAAAAUGAAUACCCGUACACCAGCGAUAGCAUUAGUAAUUGUGAAAAGUCCAGCGGCCUCUCCUUAUCAGAUGGCAGCUGGUUUAAAAAGAAGGGUCACUCCACUAGUGGAGAUGACGAAAUGAAGAUGAGUGGGGUGCGCCGUGGUGAUACGACCACGGAUGAUAGGAAAAUGAAGAGGACAAAGAAAGCCACAAUAUUUGGAAAAGGGAAGAAGAAGGGUGGCACUGACUAUUAUGAUGACAUACGCAGAGAGGAUGAGUUUUUUGCAGACCAGUCCCACAGCGAGAGUGUGUUGAAGGGGGAGAAGGGUGGAAAAGGAGUACAAGACGCGCACAGUGAGGGGGACAAUGGUGACGAUGACAGCUGCGAUAGCGGUGCCGAGCGGGAUGAUCACUUCUCGGAUAGGAGCCCCGUGAAGGAUAGUGACGCGAACGUUCUGCGGGACUGCGAUUUGAGGGACUUCCAGGGAAGCACGGGGAAAAUAAUAAAGUUGAGAAUUCGGAAUUUUUUGAACCAUGAAAAUUUAGAGAUGUCUUUCAACUCGAAUAAAAAUAUAAUCAUUGGAAAAAACGGAAAAGGCAAAAGUGCCAUCGCCCAAGCCGUUGCAGUGGGGUUAGGAAGUCAAGGAAAGCACGCAGGAAGGGACAUCAGUCUUUCAAAUUAUAUCAAGGAUUACGAUAAAAAUAAGAAGAAUUUAGUUUGCUAUAUAGAAAUUUUUUUGUCCAAUUCGGGCAAGAAUUCUUAUAAGAGGGAAUUAUACGGAGAUGUUAUUGUAGUAAAGCGCGUUUUGUCCACACACACGAGUAAAUUCUUUUUAUAUGGAGUUAAACAAAACAGGAAGGAUGGCAGCUCCAUGUAUGUUCACGCCCCAGAGGGGGAAACAACAGGAGCAGCGAAUAUAGUCCCAUCUGGAACGCCCCACAAGGGUAAUCAACCAAACAGAACGGAUUCGCAUCUGCAUAGUGGUAAUUCAAACAGGAGUGCAAAAAGAAAGGCAUUCAUAGAUAGCUAUCUGAACUUUAUCAAAUUAAAUAUAAGAAGUCCAUGUGUGUAUUUGGAUCAAGAAAAAGGAAAGCAAUUUUUCAGUAAUAUAACGGAAAAGGCCUUGCACAAAUUUUUUAUGAAUUCAGUGGGGCUAGAUAUAGUCGAAUCAGAAAUUGAAAAAGAAAAUGAACUACUAGAAAAUUGCGUUCUUCAAAUAAAGCAUAAGGAGACUCAAUUAUCUCCACAGGUGGAAGAAAUGAAGAGAAUGAAAGAACGAAAUGAAAUGUUAAGAGUUGAAUUCGAAAAAUUAAAAAAAUUUGAUAAUAAUUACAAAAUGGUUAUCUUCUUUAAUCUGUUAAAGAAUACCAUUCUUCUUUUCAAUGAAUAUUUAAAAUCAGAAUUUUUAAAAAACGAGGAGGUAAUUAUUAGUAUACAAAAAAAGAUGAAAGGACUUGUAGACCAAAUUGAACUUGUCAAAAUGAACGUGAAGAAGGUCAUAGAAAGGGAUACAGAAGUUUACCAUUUUUUAAAAAAGAAUCAAGAUAAAAUGGAAAAGUAUGGAGACAUGAUUUGUCAGCUGAAUGAUCUUAAACAUGAGUAUGCCAACAGGAGAAAUGAAAUUGUGAAUUAUUUGAGUUCGUUUGAGAAAGCUAAGGAAAAUAAAAACCUGCUGCAGGAACACCUACACAAAUAUCAAUCUGAAAUGGACAAAAUUAAUGAAAAAAUGAAAGAAGAAACAGAGCGAGAGACACAACUGCGUAAUGAAAUCAGCAAAAGGGAAAACCAAAUUUACGAGAUGGAGUACACCAUAAAUAAAGGACACAGCGCGCUCGAAGACAUAAGCAAACAAUUGCAACUGCUUAAAAUACACUCCAAUAAAAUUCAAAAAAUAAAAAACACACAAAUAAAACGAAAGAUUUACACUUAUGGGUAUGACAUUUACUCAGUUAGAAGUAAUAUUUUAAAAAAUUACAAAAUUGUGAAUACGUCUGAUGAGGUUUGCUCUUCUGUGCUUUACCCAGCCGAGUUGUUUCCUCACGGAAAGAACAGGGUGCUAAUUCAAAAUGAAAGUGUGAAGCAAACGCAUGUGAAAGAGGAAAACCCCGAUUUUGUAUUCAAGUAUGAACCGAUAGGACCAGCAGGCGAAUACAUACGACUCAAGGAACCUGUUUUGAAUGAGAAGAUACUAUCCAUCAUCGAAAAGCAUUUAGGGGAUCUGUUCUACUCGUGGUUGGUGAGCUGCUACGAGGACAAAAAUAAACUGAGUAACAUGGAUAUAGAAAAUAAAAACAAAAUUAACAUAAUCGUAACGAACGCUUUUCAACACAUAAACAGAAAAAGUUUGUUGCAAAAUAUUCACUCCAUUCUGAACAAAAUAAAUGGAAAGACUAUUUACUCCUUUUUGAAUGUUGACCUUCUUCCAACCUCGCUGCUUUUCUAUCUUCAUGAUAAUUUCAGAGUGGUACAGACGUUGGUGUGUAACAAUUCGGAAGAAUUGCAUGAGUUGCUACGAACAAACGACAAAAAAAUUAUUAAGUCCAUAUACGUGGUGGACGAGUUUGUUGUAGUGAAGGUGCUCCCAAAUGGGGGACUGCAUUACCAGCCUUCCAAAGAAGACUACUACAAAAAGCCCAUGUUUCUCAACAUGCACAAUGAAGACAGGUCCAUAUAUAAAACAACUGCAGGGGGGACAACACUAGACCACAAGCAUCAGAAUGGGACGAAUAUUGUCACAAAUGGGGCAGCUGGCACAGUUCGCGACUCUGAUGGAAUUACCACAACCACGUCCAGGGAGCAACACCCUGGUGAGGAUGUCGUGGCAAAUUCGGAUUACAAAACGAAUGAAGAACAUCUGAGCGAGUUAGAAAAAAGGAAAGAGGAAAAAAAUGAAGAAAUUGUGAAGACGUCCAAAAGGUUAUUGUCUUGUAGAAAUGUACUGGAGAGCCUAAACGAGUCUUUAAAGAAAUGCCUAUAUGCUCAGGACGAACUGAAGUACCAGCACCGAAAUAUCGAGGAGCUCAUACAAAACCAUGAUGACAUUUUUUCUGAACAAAUGGAUUUAGAAAUUAAAGAAAAAAACAAAGACAUUGAUGAAAUAAAUGAAAAUGUGAUAGAAAUUGAUCAGUACGUAGAAUCACUGGAAGAGAAGAAGAGGAACACCCAUGAAAAUUGCCUAACCCACAAAUGGUUAAUAUCAACACAUGUUCAUUAUCUGAGUAGGACAAAGGACAAAAUCGCUGGACUGAUUGAGGAGUAUAACAAUCUGUGUGAAGUUUUAAUCAAACUGGAAAGAGACAAACUCAGAAAUGAUGAAAUUGCUUCGAAAAAUAAGAAAAGCUUUUUAGUAGCCAUAAACAAGUUACACAACAUUUACUUUGAAUACCUUGCAAAUGAAUUUCCGCUAGCGGACGCAUUUUUGGAGAGUCCUUUCUUGGUGCUAAGGGGAAGGCUCACUAAUGUGCCCAUAACGAACAUUCAUAUAGGCCGCUCUGGGGAGGAGAGUCAAGUGAAGGAUUCUAACCCUGAGGGGGUGGAACCACUUCAGCAAGACAGCAGUAGGUACCACCAAAGUGAGGAGGAGACACUUAAUCAGAGAACAAAUGACGACGCUGAUGAGGAAGGCGUAGUGGGUGCUACCUUCACUGUGGAACACACGAACAGCGGCGUAACGAAGACGGAGCGCAUUUUUACCCGUGUUCCCCUGUCGAAUCUCAGCUCCUUUAACCAGCUCUUUGUCCUCUCGAGGAAGGAUGAGGACGCAGUGCACAACGAGGAAAGUAGUUGCAAACUGGCUGUCAACUCGUGUGAUAAGAAAAGGGAAAGCGAAAUAAAGGCCCUUCGCGAUUUGGGCAAUUACGUAAAGGGGAUACUGACCGGGUGUAGCACUACCACAAUUAUGAUCACGAGCAAUGGGGCUCCAGGUGGGGAUAGCCAUGACAACCUGUUUAGCAAGGACAGCGACACUGAUGAAGACAACUCAGCCGGUGACACUGCCAAUAAUGCGGCGGAGAAUCCUCUUAGCGGUGAUGCCGAAGAUGAUGAUAUCUCCGUUGACCUGCUGGACGAAAACUACGCCGACGUCCUGUGGAAAAAAAGGUGCGAAAAAAAGAAGGAAAUCACGGAGCUGCUUAAAAUAAACGGCUUUAGCACAAAUGACAGCACCGACAACUCCAUAAAAAACUAUUUCCACAGUUUAAUUGAGCAGUACGAAAAUGAAGAAAAAAGUUACAACACACAAAUGAAGCAAAUUAACGACUUGAGAAAUAACUAUGACAUGCAUUUGGCAAACAUAAAGCUUCGGAAAUCUAAGUUUGUUAACGUUUUAAAAAAAACAAAGGAGCAAAUAACUUCGCACUUUAAAAAUAUGCUAAAAGGUAUGAACAACUACAAAGGCAAAAUAGAGUUUGACGAUUUAAACAGAAAUUUAAAAGUUAUGGUUUCGAUUAAUCAAGACAUGUCCAAGAAUAUUUUUAUGGAAAUCAACUCCUUGUCCGGUGGGGAGCGGUCGACCAUUCAGAUGGCCCUCCUGGCAUCUUUGUCCCUCACGGAAACGUCUUCUUUCCACAUCUUCGACGAGCUGGACGUGUACAUGGACGAGCUCACUCGGGUGAAGAACAUGCAGCGCUUUUGUGAGUUUAUAGAACAGAACAACGACAAGCAGUACUUCUUCAUCACGCCGCACAUCGAAAUAACCGAGUUGUUCUUAGGAGAUGCCAAGGAGAAGAAGGCCAAAAUAUUAAAUUUGUCCUGA